GCAUGGACGACUUGAAGUUGAAAGAUCCUCGGACAUGUCGAAUUUUCUUUUCUUCUCCAUUUGGGGGGAUGGAGGGUGAAAGAGAAGAAUUAACAAAAAAAUACUUUCCCCAAAUCCACCAUUUUUGUAACAAGUAUGGGGUAAACUUUGUCGCUGUAGAUAUGAGAUGGGGUAUAACAUCGGAAGCUUCUGCCAGCUCUCAAGUGAUAAACAUUUGUUUAAGAGAGCUAGAUCGAUCUGACUUUUUUGCGGGAUUUUUUGGACAGAGGUAUGGUUGGCAUGGCAGAGAUGACAACAGUCUACAAGAAAAUUUUGAUAAUGCAGUUGGCAGAUACCCAUGGCUGGAUAACGUUAGGGACAAAAGUGUCACAGAACUGGAAUUUUUACAUGGUCAUCUCAACAACCCAGGGACAUUACCAGCAGUUCUUUGUUUUAGGAAUAAAGAAUAUGAUGACAAAGAGAGGGAGGAGGGUAAAAAGAGAGGAGACAAGAAACAGGUGUUUAAAUACUCACCAGAGAGUGAAUUAUCUACUCAGUUAAUGGAGGAUCUUAAACAACGCUGCUCUCAGACAAAGGACAAGACUUAUGGUGUUCAUCUGAGCUAUCCUAAUCCUCAGGAGGGUGCCAAGAUAAUAUUUGAUGCUAUAUGGAAGUAUUUGAAUAAGGUCCUACCAAAGCAGCGUUCUGCUGAAACAGAGACCAAGAGAAGUAUACUCCUGGCUCAACAUGAUGCAUUCUUGGCCAGCAGACAAAAAAUGUAUGGAGUGCAAGAUGAAAAUUUGUCAUCUCUUUUGAACCUGAUUAACAAAGAAUCUUCAAGUCCACUUUUGGUAACUGGAACCUCAGGAUGUGGAAAAUCCACCCUUUUGAGUGUGUUUAUUUCAAAAGUAAAGUCUGAGUAUAAAAGUCAGUUCUGUCUGGUCUAUCACUGUGUAGGACAUGCAGAGGAAAGCACAGAUCCUGGCCAGAUUCUGCAGAGGCUUACAGAUGAAUUUGAGUUUGCUGUUGAUGUGAUGGAGGGAAGAGAAGAGAAAAACAAGACCAGUAAGAGAGAUGUAGAAGAUGUGAGAGACAUCAUUAAUCAGUUGUCAGCCAACAUCAGUAAAGUCCAGAGUAAAGGCAAACAGUGUAUCCUUGUUAUUGAUGGUGUAGAUAAAGUGACCAAGACGUCCAGGACUGAAGAGGUUUUGUUCUGGCUUCCGAGAAACCUCCCAGGAGGAACAAUAAUGAUUGUGUCAGCAAAUUCCUCCGAAUCUGAUAUUAUAGAGGAACUUGUCACCAACAGAUCUUUUGAUAAGUUGGAAAUUCAAGAGUUAUCUGAGGAAAUGAGACAGGAAAUCUCUGUGAAAAUGUUGAUGGAAGUUGGCAAAGAGUUAUCUCCCUCUCAGAUGAGGAAAAUUAGAGAGUCCAGUGCAGCCAAAAAUCCACUCUACCUAAAAGUCUUACUAAAUGAGCUGAUUGUGUUUGGGUAUUUUCGUCUCCUUGAUGAGAAAAUUGACUCUUUGUUGAAAAGUGGAAGUGUUGAUGAAUUGUUUGAAAAAGUCUUGGAAAGAUUAGAAGCAGACUACAGAGGGACUGAAUUAGAAGGAAAUUUAGUAGAACAGGUGACCAGUGUUAUCUGCCUGUCUAGACAGGGGAUGUCUGAAGCAGAACUAACAGACAUGUUCUCACUCCCCUCUCAUGUUUGGUCACCAUUUUUCUUUUCUGUGGAAAAAUACUUCAUUGACCAAAGGGGUCUUAUCCAGUUUGGGUUUCGGGAAUUUAAGGAUGCAGUCAAAAGAAAAUACUUAGCAGAUGAAAACUCGAGGAAAAAGUACGUGCAGUGCAUAGCUGAUUAUUUUGAGGAUCAAAAACAGAAACUAUCAAAGCUACACUCGGUGAAGAAUAAUGAGCUCACAAGAAUAUCUGUAGAACUGCCAUUUGCAUAUCAUACCUUACGUGAUACAGAAAAAUUAGGAGCGACUUUGUCAGACUUGUCUGUGCUGAGUUAUCUGAUAGAAGGAGAAAGGUACAUAACAGAGGUGUAUGACCUGUGGGAGUCCACUGGUUACACUUGGAGUGAGAUCACAGGAAAGUAUCUGGCAGCAGUGGAUCUACAAGUAGCAGACCUGUAUAUAAAGAAACAGGAAGAGGGCAGUGUUGAUCAGGAGAGCCCCGGCCUUAUGGUCAUAGAUGAUCUCUGGAAUGUAAACACCUUGCUUAAAUAUGUCCAUUAUUUUGAUGGAUGUGAAAAAAUUUUGGAGAGGAUUUUGGACAUUAAUGAAAAAAAUUGCAAAGAAAUCGACAGAACAAAGAAUGUGACAAGAGAAGCGGCUUUGUAUGAGCUAGCAGUCACAUAUCAUCACAAUAGCAAACUACAGAAGAGUACAGAGAUUCACCAACAGGUGUUAGAGAUUCGAGAAAUGAGAGUGCCAGAUAUCUCAAAUGCAGACAAGUUAGACUUGGCAGAAUUAGGUAACUCUUACAAUGGAAUUGGCACAAAUUAUCUCAUCACUGCAGAUUAUGAAAAGGCUGAGGAGUACUUGAAAAAGUCUUUGGAGUGUGCAAAGAUAGGCAAUGCAAAGAAUGAUAUGGCAAGUUGUUAUCUGAAUUUGGGCAAUGUUUACCUAGCAACAGAGGAUUACGACAAGGCUAUGGAAUAUUUAGAAGAGGCAAUUCAGUUGACGAAAGAGAUUUAUUUUGGUCAUCAGCCUCUAAGUUUAGGACUGCUGUAUAAUAACAUAGGAGUCUGCUGCAGGAAGCUGAAUCAAGUUGAUGAUGCUGAGAAAUAUUACCAGAUGUCUCUUGAUGUGAAGAGAAAUACAGUGGGUAACCAUCAUCCUCUACUUUGUCAAACUUACAUCUCCUUGAGUGUCAUUGAGACUUUAAGAAACAACAACCUUAAAGCUCUGGAAUAUAACCAGUUAGCAGCAGAAAUUUACAAGGAAAGUGGGACUCCAGAGAAUGAUAUUUAUUAUACAAGAUGCAGAGAAAAUGUCAUUGUGAAUUUGAUUAAUUUAAAGAAGAUGGCAGAUGCUGUAGAAUUAUACUUACCAUUUUUUGAAUUUUUGGAGAAGGAAAUGAACAAUGGCAAUGUACACCUGAUAAAUGGAACACUUCCUUUUGCACAUGCUGACAUAGUGAAAUACCUGAUACAGAGCAAACAGGACAAAGUUACUCAAAGAGUUCUCAAAAUAUUAAUCAAAACCAAAGUUGUCAUUCCAAUAUAUUAUGUCUAUCUUGAUGAAGUUAACAUGAGACUUAAUAAUCCUGGUGAAAAGGCACCAAAAGCUUUAGGGAAUGAAGGAGCUAUGUCUGUUGAUGAGGCGCUUCAGAAAUGGCCUGGAGACAGAAGUCUGCUGGAAUAUAAAUUUAGAAAUCUGAUUGAUGCAGGGAAUUCAGAGACACUUAUUGAUUCAUUCAACAAUUUGUGUCCAAGGAUCUACAACUUUGGUAGUCUGUUGAACUUUGUACUGGAAAUGUUUGCAACCUCAAAAACAUUCAAUAAUAAAAUGUUUCUAGAAUUCAACAUUAAUGCCCUGAACCAUCUACCAGAGAAUGAGGUUGAAUGCUUUCUGAACUGUUUGAGAAACACUGCUGAAAGUUAUGAAAGAGAGAAACAGCCAGAAAAAGCUUUAGGAUACUACACACAGUGGACAGAACAAGACAAGGAUAACCCUUAUCCAUACUUAAAAGUCUGCUACUGUCUUGCAAUGGUUGGUGACAUUGAAGAGGCCAAGAAAUAUUGCACAAAAGCCAAAGAAAAAGCUAAUAUGGAUGGUAAUAAUCAAACAGAUAUUCAACAAAAGAUUCUAACUAUGUGGAGUCUUCUAGAGGAGGCAGAAAAAGAAAUGAAUAAGGAGUCGUAAUGACAGUUGGACGCAGCAGAAAUGUGCAAUUUAAUACAGUUUCACCUAAUGAUAGAUUUUUGUUCAGGAAUAGCAUGUUAUAGAAGAUACUGGUAUAUGAAAAUCUAGAAAAAAUACAUACAGUAUACAAACGAACUGAUUCACUCCAGCAAUAGAUCAGCAAUAGAUCCAGCAAUAUUGGUACCUCUAGAUCUGACACAGAAAAUGUCAAAUGUUUCAUGAGUUCAAGUUUCCCCCUGUCAUCUUGCAUUGUGAGAUAGUACAUAUCAAAGCCCAAUAGAGCUUUCAGAAUAUAUUUCUCAAUGAGUAAUUUUUCAAUAUUCAAUGAAAAUAUCUAAACUUUUUUUUAUAGAGUGGUUAAUGUUUAUUGUCACCAAUCAUAAAAAAUACAGGAAAUUCUCUGUGCAGAGGUUUGUCGUAACUUUGUAUUUUUUAGUAGUGACAUGUAAUAGCAGUCCAAUAGCGUAAUGAAUUUCAUACCUAGUCCCAUAGUAUAGGUAAUUAUUUGUUAGAGAGUAGAAAAUAUUUUCUCUUUGUUUUUAAAAAUAUUUGUCAAUGUGGUUUAAUCUGUAUUUUUAUUCAAGAAUGUAUUGUUGAUAUUUUUGUCAAUUCUACAACACAUUUAGAUAGUAUAUAUACCCUAUGCAUUUUGAUCUUUACAUAUCUGAUA